AUGGGCGUUACAGCCCCCAACCUUCUAUUCCUCUCUCAAGGGAAGGGAAGGGAAGACAAGGGAAGGGAGAGGGAGCGCCCAGAUCCACGGCGGCAUCAGCGCGCCGUCCUCGACCUGAUCCGCGUCCGUCCACACAUGGGAGCUAAUCGACGCAGGAAAUCCCCGUCCCCGCGUCCGAGCCCCGCCACCCUCCGCAACGCCUCGACCGCCCAUCGACGCGCUGCCCUUGCGGCGCCCGACCAGUUCGGCUCUCGUGGCUGGUGGACGCGCCCUUGCUGUUGCCGAUGCCGGCUCGCUGUGCCGCACUGGCCCUCACAAGCGUCUUCUGUCAAUGAUGGACUUGAGAGGUCAAGGAGUUUCCAUUGGGACAUCGGGACAUGCUCCUCCAUCUCCUUCAUGUGGACGACAUCCAACAUCGCUAGUUCAUGCACUUAUGGACUGAAGAAAAAAAUGGAAAUGAAGAAGAAAAGAAUAGCAAUAUUAUCAUAUGCGAGAAAGGAGUAAUCUAAAGUGAAUUCAUGCUAUGUUAACAGUCUAACAAACAUCUUGGAGGUGUGAAUGCUUUCUUGGGUCUGACGAGUAAUCAAUAAUUGAUGGUAUACUGAGAUUUUCCUCAUACUUCUAGCACUUCCUCAUUGACAAUAAAGCAAGUACUAUCACAACAAAGGCUAUCCAGGUAUUUUUUUUUCAACUAUAAUCCUUCCAGCUUUAGGGACUGCUCAAUUGGAUCUGCACAAUCCAACAAAAUAAAUGUGCAUAGUGUCUGCGACACUUUCUUCCGAUCAUCACGAAGGUAGUUGUAGGAGUAAAAAAGUAUGUCAUACUGUUUUUUCAGUUCAAGCCAAAAGGCUAGGACAGGUAAUACUUGUUUUUACAGUACUUGUGCAAAAAGUAUGUCAUACUGUUUGCUCUAGAUGAUUUUGAUGAAUUUCACAACCUUAUUUUCAGUUGUAUACCCCAAGAAAUGGUUUGCUUUCAUAGGGUUUAUUGAAUCCAGGAAAGAACUGUGAGUAGUAGCGAACCAGAAAUGAAAAGUUUCAGAGAACUACGAAAACUCCGGUCAGUUUUGUCGGGAUCUUGUGACACAGUUCCAGGACUCUAUUGACUAAGGUAAUGAUAUAUAUGUGUGAUUUAUCUUGUUAAAACUUUUAGUGUUCACUUAGAGGUGAGUGCAACCAGUAACUGAAUUUAGACUACGAACUAGAGUAUGACAGUAAAGUUAGGAGCAUGAUGGAGAACACAUGGGACAUUGAGGACUAAUGGUCAACACUUAAAUCUUGCUUUACAUAUAGUUCAGUUCCAAGUAGUCUGAUACAUAGAUGGCGAGGGGAGUGCUGAUUUGGGGUUGAUUUUGGUAAUUAUAUAUUUUCCUUGAUGACUAUCAUUUUGUUGUCCUACAUGUGCUAUAUGAUAUGCAUAACAACUUGAGAGCACCUUUGCUUCUCUUGAUGUGCUUCGUCAUACCGUUUUUUAAAGUGCACAAGCAAGCUUGCGAGUGAUGACAACUACUAUGACCUACAACCUUGAAUCUAGGUUUUUGGGGUUGAACAUAGGGGCACAACGCGCUCCCUCAUCUAACUAGUGAAGCGUAAUGAAGGAAAAGCUACGGUAUACAGAUCAUUACCGUCAUUCAGUUUGUCCAAAACUAAGAAAAGCUCUUUAAAAAACUGGGAAAAGCUCACGUGAUGGAAUGAGAUGAGAUUUCAACAUCAUGAUUGCGUUUUAUAAUUUGAACGACCAAAGUAGAUGGUCCAGUCAGCCCGUGUUUGACAAUAUGAAGGGACAAACUUGUUGAUCCAUUAUCUGGCCAGGAUAAUACAACAAUUCAGAGGGCUUAGAUAUGGAUAAUAGAUCUGACCUAAUCUAGCAAGGUGAGUGACUCAAUUGCACAUGUGCAAAAUGGAAGUUUAAACUUCCUUGAAUCUCUUGUAGGGUUUGGGGGAUAUUGUCAGUGAGCCACUGAUGAAAGUCCUUUUGCGAUGACAAUGAUAGAGAAGAUUUGAAAGAUCUUGGUUGGCGUGGGGCAACUUGUGUAUUCCUGGAUGGGGGCGCCGUCCGGUGGCAGUGGGGUGUGGCAGUUGCCGCAGCUGGGCACAACCGGGAGUCCACCUAUCCAGAACACCCAACUAUUUCAUCUGGUGAACUGCGAAGAGCUUCUGUGUGCAUCUCCGUUAUGUUUAACUAUGACAGGCUUAUGUUAUCUUAUCGCGAACUCAUUAUUCAGUUUGUGCCCAACGUGACUGCAUGUAAAUAUGUAAUACAACAAUUUUGUUCUUCC